CGAGAAAUUGAGUCGUUCGUCGAUACCCAUGAGGUAACCAAGUCUAAGGAAUAUAGAGAACCAGAUCCGAGUACUUACGUGAGAGAAACGAGGAAGAAAAAGAAAUGAGGAUAUCGUUGAUCUGGAUCUUACUCUUACAACUGUUGUUCGAUAUCGCACAUUCGUACCAAGAAGCCGAUUUCGAUGGUUGGUAUCAACCAGUGGCACGUCGACCGGUCGACGUCGUUACCGACAUUGUUAACGAUCUUGGGGUGAGAAUCCUUCAGCAAUACAGCAAUCUUGGAAAUGUCGCCUUUUCACCAAUCGGAGUUGCUUUCGUUCUGGCUGCGCUUUACGAAGGGUCAGCUGGCGGAGGAAGUCAUCAGAUAGCAGAAGUUUUGGCUUUGCCACACAACCGAGACAUCACUAGGAUUGGUUUUCGUGAUAUUCAUCGUCGACUCAGAACUUACCUGAACGCCGAUGGUUUUUUGGGUGGCUUGACGUUAAACAGAGAAAACACCAAACUCCGACCAGAAUACGAGGACAUUUUACGAUUUUAUGGCUUUAAUUUGUCGGAUAUAGAUGAGAAAGAAUCCAAUGAUACAACAACAAUGUCCGCAGGAGCUACCGAAGUUACAAAUGCACCGACCACUGAAUCAGAGGAUUCUACUAAACCAUCGACAACUAUAAUUGACACUACUCUUUCCUCAGGUACUUCAAUCAUCUCAGAAUCUAUGGAGCUACCCGUAACUUCUAUUUCCAUAUCUCCUAUGACCGAAACACUUGGAACUACAAUUAACGAGGGGAUGGUAUCGGACAGGCUAACGCAAGUAUCUAAUAUUAGCACCACGAUUUCUAGUACAAGCGAUUCUAAUACCUUUACUACAAUCGUGACUGACGGAAAUUUGAGUACUAUGCCUCAAAAUUCUACGUAUUCUAUGCAAUUACCAGCUGUUACAAUGCCAUUUGAGACAAUGCAAAUUACGGUUGGUCAAACUAUCGGAGAGAUAAGCACAAUUAUACCAAACAUUCCUGAUACGACCAACGUGGUGAUGAGCGAUUCUCAAACAACGGUUAACACUGCUAUUUCGAGUUUGCAAGAUGUAGAAAAUACAAUGAUUCCAACGAGUACAUUAUCUCUCACUACGAUAAUUGCAUCUGUAACACCUUCGAAUAUGCAAACAAGUUCAAUAGACUCGACCGAUCAGAUCGAGGUAAUGAACUUGCCUACAGAUACGUCAUCGGUCGAAACGAAUAUAACAACGACGACUCCAGUUUCCGUAACAACGAGCGCGGGGAAUAAUCUCGAGAUCGGACCUCCCGCUGAAGAAAGUACCGUUUUGACGAAUCAGCCGACAAGUGGACCGAACACUAUGCUCGGAAUUGUGGAUCUUGGAUCUACGAAUUCGAUAAACGAAGGAGGACAAGGAAUGACCACAGUGCCAGCUUUGAUAGAAAAUGUCUCGAGGAAUCAACUUCGAAAGCGAAGUACGAGAAAUUCCCGAGGCUACUUCUCUAGUUAUCCAGACGAAGGUAUCUGGAUGCAGGAUCUUGGCAUUUGGAAAGCCUAUCCGACCAUCAACAACGAGGCUUCCGUCAGGGAUUCUACAGAAAUAUCUUUUCUAGUGAAUGGUUGCGACGUGGCCUCGGUAAUGGCUAGUAGAUAUGUUGCGGUUCUACCCUUUGCGUACUUUCCAUCGCUGCAAGCUGUUGCCGUUGAGUUUCCUUUGGACGAUCCGAGAUAUAACAUUCUUCUUCUUAUGCCGACGGAUAGAACAGAUACGCAUCGUCUGGCGAGAGAUCUCGGCAGGAAGUCAUUGAGAUGGUUACGGAAGCAGUUGCAACCAGCUUGGGUCAGAGCUACCAUACCCUCUUUCAUGCUACGCGGUUUUGUCACCCUCACGUCUUUUCUUCAAAGACUUGGAAUAACCGAUGUCUUCGAGCCAAGAGUGGCCGACUUGUCACCGAUGACUUCGGAUUUAGGAGUUUAUGCUAGAGACAUCCAACAAAGCAUAGGAGUGAAUAUAAGGAAUUACAUGAAGCCGGAUAGAACCCACUCUCGUGAGUCAACUAAUAUCGAAUCACCGAUUCCCAUCGUACCAUCUCGUCGAAAUUCUUACCGUUUUCUUCUUCAUUCAGGUUUUAUUCUACGCUUUGUAUAUACUAUUGCACUAUCAUCCUUAUUUUCUACUCAUCAUUUUAACGCUUCCUUUGACUUUCUAUCUUCAAACGUAAAUCGAUUUCAUUUACCAUGAAUUAACUUUUUCAUUUGAAAUUAGUCCGCUUAUUUUAACAGAGAACCCUUUCAAUGAAGUCAAAUGAUGUUACUCGCUAAAAAAAGAAAAGAAAUGUUUUACACAGCGCGAGAAACAAAUUUUCAUGUUGGCGACAACUCUUAAGAAAACAUUGAAAAAAUUACGUUGUCACAAUUUAUCGCAGCUAGAGAGUAAAAUUGCAAUUUGUUUCGCCUUUGCUUGGUCGUAUCACAAACAUCGUGCGGACAAUUUGCAAAUGCAAACCGACGCUCCCUCCUUCCAACAUAUACGUUCGACAAUGGCCAGCUAUUACUACUAGCGCGUUGCUCGUUUGUUUUUUUUUCUUUACAUGCUUUUUGCAUCUUCGUCUUUCUCUUCUCCUUUUACCUUUGUUUUCUUUGUUCACCCUCCGAAGAAAAAUAGGUAUUAUUACCGUCGUUAACGAUGGUAAAAAUUUGUUAAAUCACACUGCCGAAAGGCACAAUAUGUUCCUUUGAAAUUACAUGGUAUAGUCCUUGUUCUUUUUGAAAGUAAAUACCACGAAGUUGGACGUUAAUGUCGUUAAAAUGAAAUUCUCGAGAUAUGUGUUAACUCCAUUUCAAAAGAAAAAAGGCAUGAGUUUCCAUACUAUCGAUCGUUGAAAAAAUCAAUUUUGUUUUUAUCGAGAUAUAUUAGACAAAAAAAUCAUUGCUUACCAUCUUAAAGUUUAAAAAAAGCAUUUUAUUGCGCAUUUAUUGCAAUUGUGUCGAGCAUUGCGCAGAUUGGGAGAUGGAAGAGAGUAUCAUUUAUUAUCGAGAAUAUUCUCAGUAUUGUUAUAAAGUUCGUUUAAUUUAAUAGCUGAUAUCCUGUGUGAGUCAGAGAAGGAAACGAACGAAAAGACCUUGCGCAAAAUCUUUUCGUAAUUUUGUACUUUUACAAAGAUAUUGCCGUUUUUUCUUCGCUGUGAGGUUCCGAAACUUUUUCAAUUUCUUGCUAUACUAUAUUUUAAUAUGCAUUUGUCUUAUUAAUUAUCUUAUCCUUGCAGCACGUGCACACUUAGAAUUUCUAAAGUUUAUAGUAUGGUAUUUAUUAAUACUUAAAUGUAAUAACAUCAAUGAUUUAUAGGAAAUGGUUUAUUCGAACGAGCUGGACCAGUGCCGUUUACAAUCGUACAUCCGUUUCUUUAUUUUAUCAUUGAUACUGAAACCUCGGUAACGUUGAUUACCGGUCGAGUGGACGAUCCUCUU